AUGGCCUCUGUCAAGUCCUUCCGUCAACUGAUUGGAGUUCCUCCUUCCUCGGCCUCCGUCAAAGAUUCGACCCUGAUCAUUAUUGACGCCCAGAACGAAUACGCCACCGGCCUGUUGAAGACUGUCAACGUCUCGGAAACCCGCAAGGCCAUCGCGAACCUCCUAGCCAAGUAUCGUGCUGGCGGUGACGGCAAGAACAUCGUGCAUGUCGUUCACGAAACACCUCAGGGUGCUCCGCUCUUCACCCCCGGUACCGAGCUCGCCAAGGAGUUUGACGAGUUGACGCCCCAGGCGGGCGAGAAGGUGGUGACCAAGAACCAUCCUAGCUCGUUCGCCCACACCGAUCUGGACGAUUACCUCAAGGGUCUUGGUGAAGUCGGCAAGAAGAUUGUCCUGGUGGGAUACAUGUCCCAUGGAUGUGUCUCCUCCACGGCUCGAGCAGGCAGUGAGCGUGGAUACGACGUGGUGAUUGCGAGAGAUGCAGUGGGAGAUCGCGAUAUUCCCGGCGUCAAGGCUGAUACUCUGGUGUCGGUCGCGCUGAGUGAGUUGGAGGAUAUUUUUGCGACGAUUGUGACGACAGAUGAAAUCGCAUAA